CGCACACAACAGACGAAAGCCACAUUUGUUCAACACGGAGUGAGGGAGGGUGAGGCAUGGUUCUCGCAGCAAUACCUCGGCGAAUGUAAAAUCCUACGCCGCCUCCGCGCGAGCGCAGCUCAAGUGGCCGCGUCACGUGCCUCAGUCGGUAGCCUGGCACCGCCGGAGCACGACCCGUUUCACCCUCCCGCAACCAAGUCUCGUUUAUUGCGACGAUAUCUGCAUCAAAGUUACACAUGGAGGCUGUGAAUUCAUCAUGUCCAGUUCCCAAAGAACCAGCAUUCCAUAGUCCAACUGAAAGCAUCCUGGAAGGCGUCAUUUUAAAGUGCUAUAAGGAAAAUAAUUGUAACACUGAAAAGGGCAGCAUCCAUUGUACCUCAUCAUUUGCCAACGCACCCAUGUACCACACAAAGUACCUACAAUUGUAAAAAAACAUGAAAACAUACAAUAUAACAGAACAUGGACAAUACGUAACGGCAACACAAAAGAUUUUAUUGCGCAUUCUGAACACCAACAACCUGUUCGCGAAAAAUAUUUUGUAUAUCAGUCUCCCGGCGUACGCGGUGCGAGUGUUCGCCCUCAGCACGUCGAACAAAGAUACGCCCGUCCCGGGUCCAUACGAACCUCCACGAGGCAAGCCGGCAUCGGUCUCGGACUUUUUGGAAGAGCUCCUGGUUUCGGCGCGUGAGCCGCUCAUUGACGUAGAACGGGCGUGCUUCGCCUGCAAGCCCACAGUCGGCCGUGGUGGCCCCCCGGCGCACGCGCGCCGCCCGCAACAACUCGCUACGGGUCACCCGCCGAGCCAGACGCACUACUAUGGGUCUUGGCCGACCGCCCUCGCGCCGCACACCCAGACGCUCAGCGCAGACGAUGUCCCGCUCGUCCAGCUUCACACCGAGCUUGGUACCGAUAGUCGCUACGAUGUGCAACACACUUUCACCGGCUCCCUCAACGACGUUCGUAAUCAGCACAUCGUUGUCGAGACGCUCUUGGUCUCGUAUCGUAUACUUGUUCAAUUUAGUACAGUUGAUAAAAAAAAUUGGUAUAAGUAA